ACGAUCGUGGGGUGGCUGCCAAGUGGCAAGCUACAGAGUUGAGAAAGAAAGACGCCGACGGAGAGCGUGGUGAAUUGGGCUUGAGCCUUGAUACUGUACUGGUUUUGGACGCCGACGGGCCGGCCCGGUGGCCACCAAUACUGUAGCCUGGGUGCCGCGCCCUCUGAUUCCUCCUCCUCGACUUGCACGGCGAAUCCUUUCUUCAUCUGCUCCUGGUCCUGCGGCAGCCGGCGGCGUGAGCAGCGUCCGGGUCCUCCCAUCUCAGGUUCUCAGCCGCUGCGCGAGGCCGCCGCUGCCGUCGUCCGUCAUCCAUGGCGCACCUGCUCUCCUCUUCCUCCCAGGAUCCUUCCAAUCCCCAGCACAGGGUGCUGAUAACGAACAAGCAUGGAGAGGAACUUGUGGGGCUGCUGCAUCCUGCUGGUUCGAACAAGAUUGUAGUCUUGUGUCAUGGCUUUACAGCCUCCAAGAAUGAUAGCAUCAUUGUUGAUCUGGCAGAUGCACUAACAAAACAAGGGAUAAGCAUCUUUCGCUUUGAUUUCAGUGGAAAUGGAGAAAGUGGAGGAGAAUUUCAGUACGGCAACUACAGGAAAGAGGCUGACGACUUGCAUUCAGUCGUCUUGUAUCUUUUUCAGGAGAAGUAUGAUGUAAAAGCUAUUGUUGGUCACAGCAAAGGAGGAGAUGUGGUUGUUCUGUAUGCUUCUCUGUAUGACAAUGUACAUAUGGUUGUUAAUCUGUCUGGCCGAUUUUAUUUGGAGCAAGGCAUUGAAGAACGCCUUGGGAAAGAAUUUAUUGACAGAAUAAAUAAAGAAGGUUUCAUUGAAGUCACAGACAAGUCAGGAAAGGUUUUAUACAGGGUAACAAAAGAGAGCUUGAUGGAACGACUGAACACUGAUAUGCGUGCAACAAGCCUUUCCAUCAAAAAAGAAUGCAGCUUCUUAACAGUUCAUGGUUCAGCUGAUGAGAUCAUUCCGGUGGAAGAUGCAUAUGAGUUUGCAAAGCAUAUACCUACACACAAACUCUGUGUCAUCGAGGGAGCAAAUCACUGCUACACAGCACAUCGUAAAGAACUGUCCGAUGCUGUAGUGGAUUUUAUUACAUCCAAAGAGGCAGGGGAUACCUCAUUACCAAAAGAUAAUGAUUUCUGAUAGAUUGCUGCUUUAGACAUCUGUUCGGACAACUUCCAAGCUUAUUGGAGCUCCAUCUGAUUAUGGCAAUUAGAGAUGAUGGUCAUUCAACUCCUUUUUUGUUCGAGAAUGUAAUAUUGCAAACUUGUAUCUUUGGAACUAACUAUUGAAAUACAACAAGUUGUCAAGAAAGCCUUGAAACACGA